CGUACACGUGUGUAUACACAUGAAUGCAAUGCCCAUGGAGGUCAGAAAAGGGUAUGAGAUUCCCAGUCUCUUAUGAGCUGCCAACCUGAGUGCUGGGAACCAAACAUGAGUCUCCUGCAAGAACAGAAUGAAGCCCCUACUUUGUGCGUCAGCCUGUGGAGCAGAAACCAGAUACUUCCUCAAAGCAGCAGCCUAAGCACAGAGCCCACUCACCCUGUGGUCCACCAUCCCCAGAAGCUAUGGGAAGCAAUCAGGACUUCCGAAAUCUCCAAGCUAAGUUCCAGGCUUCUCAGCAAGAGCCUGGAGAACCGUCCAGAAAAACCCUAAAACCUGAGUUCAACAAACUCCCGAAGAAGUUUCCGCAGACUGAAUUAAGUGAGAAGGCCUCACAAUCUGAGCUCAGUACAGUGUCCUUAAAACCCCUGCAGCUACGGUUUGCAGACCUCCCCAAGAAGACUUCGCAGUCAGAGGUUCUCAGAAAGUUGUCGCAGUCUGAGUUCACUGAUCUACUCAAGAAGCCCCUACAAUCUGAGCUCAAAGAUCUUCCAAGGAAGCCUCUACAUCCAGAGUUCACUGGUCUCAAGAAGCCCUCAGAGGCUGAGUUCACAGAUUCCAAGAAGCCCCCACAGCCCCAGUUUGCCAGCCUCCCCAAACCCCCACAGCCUGAGUUCACUAAUCUCCCCAAGAAGCUUCCCAAACCUGAGUUUGGCGAGCUCACCAAUAAGUCUCCACAGCUUGAGGUGCCCCAGGAGCCUAGUGUACCUGCCCAGAAGCCCCUGAAACCUGAGCUCAGCAAUCCUGCCAGGCCCCCAGUAGAGCUCAAACCUAUUACAUUCCCCAAGAAGUUCUGGCAGCCUGAGCCCAGUGAGGCCCCUCUGAAGUCCUUGCCAUCUGAGUCCAGUACUUUUCCCAAGAAGCCACUGCAGCCUCAGGCUGCUGGUUUCUCUAGGAAGUCCCUGACACAGUCCAGCCAAAUUCCUCCGACAUCCCUCUCCAAGCCUGGGACCAGUGAGUUUCACCCCCACUCUCCACAGUCUGACAUCAGUACCUUUCCCAAGAUGUCUCUGCAGUCUGAGUUCAAUGAGAACUUCAAGAAGCCUCCACAUCCUCAGGCCACUGGUUGCCCAAAGUAUCCACAGCAGCCCAUGUCCUAUGAGGUCCCCCAGACACCCCCCUGGAAGCCUGAGUCAUACAAUCUCCCAUCUUACUCCCCACAGUCAGACUUCCAUGCAUUUUCCAAAAAACAUCCACAGCUCCAGCUAAGUGACCUUACCAGGACAUCCUCAGAGCCUGAAGUCCGAAAAGCCCCUAAGAAGCCUCAGCACCCAGACCUCAAAGUGCUUCCUAAAAAGCCCUCACAGCUGGAACUGGGUCAUCUCCCUAGAACAUCCUCAGAGCCUGAGUUCAGCUCACUCCCCAGGAAGUUUCUGAAGCCUCAACAUGGCAAGUUCUUCCAGCCUGACUUUCCCAAGGGUCUGCCCAGAAAGCCCAAGCUUCCUGGUUCAGUAUCAGAGUGCUCUCUGCCCUCUGCCUUUGCGGGCUCCAGCCCCCAGUUCCCCCUCAGCCCUGGUUAUGGAGUCCCUGGGACACCCCGCUGGAGAUCAGAAGACUUGCAAGUCCAGCAACUGCCCCGGAGGCGGCCUCUGCCCUCAGCCAGCAGCCUGGGAUCCCCUCCAGUCAAGCCCCCAUUACCGCCUGUUCCCAUCAAUAUCCAAAGCUUCCGGAGAGGCUCAGCAACAGCCAUAGCUGUACUGAAGACCGGCUCUUCUGUGACCCACUUCCCAUCCCCAAAACCUCAACAUAUCUCACAGAACCCGGACGAGAUCUAUGAACUGUAUGAUGCUGUAGAGGCCACAGGCGACUCUAGUCUCAGCCCCAGAGGCAGAGUGCAAUGUGUGAGCCAUCCUGUGGGCACAGAGUCUCUCAAAGGCUGUUUUGAGCAUUUCAGAGAUGAAGUGCAGUCUACCCAGCAAACCACCAGAUGGCCUCAGCAGAACACAGAGUUCAGGUACAUGGGGCAAACAGGGUGUUACAGGGCUGGGCUAAGCUCUGGGACUCUUGAUAGGGCAUACUUCUUACUUAUAAAUACCCCAAUGUCUGGGUUUUCCAGGAAGAAUGCCACUCAGCCACAGCAGCUGCCACUCACAGACCCCAAGUUGCUGAAACAGAUCAGGAAGGCAGAGAAAGCUGAAAGAGAGUUUAGAAAGAAGUUCAAGUUUGAAGGUGAGAUCGUGAUUCACACAAAGAUGAUGAUUGAUCCCAAUGCCAAGACCCGGCGUGGUGGUGGUAAGCACCUGGGCAUCCGGCGUGGAGAAAUCCUGGAGGUGAUCGAGUUUACUAACAAGGAUGAGAUGCUGUGCCGGGACCCCAAGGGCAAGUAUGGCUAUGUACCCAGGAUUGCACUGUUGCCCUUGGAAACAGAAGUAUAUGAUGACGUCAGCUUCUGGGGUAUGUACAGUGACUCCUAUAGGGAUGCUUGUUAUCAUGCUUCUGUGGCAUAGAUCACUUGAACUCAUCCUUCUUUGCAGACCCUCUGGACACCCAACCGUUUCCUCAGGGACAGUAAGGCAGACAGACAAGUGGGUUCCAGGACCACCAACCUAGUCACUGCUUACUCAGGAGCCUUGGAUCUCAGCCUGGCAAACAAGCCCAAGUGUACAUGCCCACAUAAAACUCGUUUUUAAAACAUCCUUGCUUCUUGUCUUUUCCUCUCCUUCCUGACUGGUACACACAACAGAAUACAGGCACAUGCUAGGCAUCAAAACUGAAGAGAAAGAAAAAUCAGUUGUCUGCGCCAUAGGAAAGGAACUGCUAAGGAUUCACCCCCACACACCCUAGAUGACCAGUAGCUGUAUCACAAAACUCCUUGUAGGCUGGAAGCAAGUGUUGCCAAGCGAGUCUAUGACCGCCUUUCACUAGUGGGACUCCUGACUAACAGGACAUCACAUGAAGUGUGUUCCAAACAGUGACAUUCUUAGUGGGCUUGAACAAAGAAAAGCCAAAAUUAAGUGAGCUUCAUUCAGUGCCUGAGAAUAAGGCCACAGAAUGACUUUCAGGAUUGCUAUUAUCACUCCUGGGAAGAUGAAGACCUUUUAGGAUCUGUACUAUAGUGUUCCUACUAUAACCAGAGUCUGCUUUCCGAAGAUUGGAGCCCACAGA